AUGGAAGUAUCGGAGCCAAGCAUUGGUAUUUUUUAUGUUAGCAAAAUUUUGGCCCUAGCGCCAUAUUCAGCGAAAAAGAAUUCCAAGGGUCAACUGGAAAUUCGUCGUAGUUGGAUAUUUACAAUUUAUUCGGUGUGCUUGUGUGUCAUCAUGGUUUUUCUAACCUAUCGCGGACUUCUUUUCGAUGCAAAUUCAAAAAUACCAGUUCGAAUGAAAUCGGCGACAUCGAAAGUGGUUACAGCCGCUGAUGUAUCUGUUGUGGUGUUGGCCGUCGUAGCGGGUGUCUACUGUGGUGUGUUUGGCUUACGUGCCACACAGAAGCUGAACACCCGACUACAGAGGAUCGACAGCACUCUUAGCCAGUACAAUAAUUUCAGGCGCGAUCGCUGGAGGGCUCAUGGAAUGGCGAGUGUUUCCCUGAUCGUCAUUGGAAUACUCCUUGGCCUGGAUGUGAAUACCUGGAUGCGUAUGGCACAGGAAAUGAACAGUAACUCAUCUGAUACGGAUCUCAACGUACAGUGGUAUAUACCCUUCUACAGUCUCUACUUUGUACUGACCGGUCUGCACAUCAAUUUCGCCAAUACAGCCUACGGAUUGGGUAGACGAUAUGGCCGUCUUAAUCUGAUGCUAAGAACUAGCUAUCUCGGUGACAAAUCGUAUUUGGUUAAGGUAAGUUCGGUUAAAACGAUUAGUUUCAAGCCAAGGGCUUUGCACGCGAGCUUAACUAAGUUGAACACGGAGACAUUAGCCAACGAAUCGGCGUCUAAGGGCAAGAGUCUACUUAUUCGAGCCAUGGCCGACAAUCACGAGUCGUUGGCCAAAUGUGUAAGGCUACUUUCGAGUUCCUAUGGCAUUGCUGUAUUAUUUAUACUCGUCUCCUGUCUGCUGCACUUGGUUGCGACCGCUUAUUUUCUGUUCCUCGAGAUCGUGAACAAGCGAUACAACGGCUAUAUGUGGGUACAGAUGCUCUGGAUACUCUUUCACACUCUGCGGCUUCUAAUGGUCGUGGAGCCUUGUCACCUGGCCGCACGCGAGUCCCGCAAAACUAUUCGAAUUGUCUGCGAAAUUGAGCGCAAAGUCUACGAGCCCAUUCUGGCCGAAGAGACCAAGAAAUUCUGGCAGCAAUUGCUCUCCGUCGAUGUUGAUUUCUCGGCCAGCGGAUUGUGUCGCGUUAAUCGCACCAUUUUGACAUCGUUUGCCUCGGCUAUAGCUACCUAUUUGGUCAUACUAUUCCAGUUCCAAAAGACGAAUGGUUGA